UAUCUGGUAAAUUUUUUAAUUUUCGUAGUCGCCAUUUUGGAUUUUUUAAAAUCUGACUUCAAAUUCGGAUUCAGCGUCUCCAGAAACCGUAGUAAACCCGAUCGACACUUAAAUCGAAAUUUUAGUAUUUUUUUUUAGAUGGACAUAUAAAAUGACAAUCAAAAUCAUUUACAUUAUUAAUAGGAUAAUCCUACGUUUAAAAACUUGUAUCAAUAAUUUAAAAGCUUUUUUUAAUUUAAAUAUAAUAAAUUUUAUUAAUUUAAAAGUUUUGAAAAAAAGUUGUUCAAAUUGUGGCAACGUCGCAAGUUCUUCGUACACUUCAUGCAAGGUUGGUAGGACUGCUCUUUGCAUGUGUGUAUAUAUAUGAAUGUAAACACGUUUGUCAGUUAACCUCAAAAUUUCUUUUCUACAAUGAAAUAUUGAAUUUUUAAGAAGAAGAAGAAGACUUUAAGAAGAAGAAAUAUUGAAUUUCUGGCUUCUGCACUACCAUGGAAGUUCCAGUAAAUAAAAAUCAAGUGAAAUAUCGCUACAAAGGUCGAUUUAUUAAGAAAAAGAAUUUGGAUCAAAUUCAUGCCAAGUCUGCAAUUGGAAAAAGAAACAAAGGCAGAAAAGCUGUAGAUGUUAACAAUGUUAACUCUAUGGAAAACAAUCCCUCAAAUGUAAAGGAAGGAAUUCCUGACGGGAAUAGAAUUAUAAAUAUUCCUCACAUAGCGAAAGAAAUGCAAUGCAAAUUUUCUGAAUGUGGAGAGUAUCUUUCAUUUCAAUUUAUUGAAAGCGAAAGAAAAGAGGGCUUGGGUUCAGUACUGUCGAUUCGUUGCCAUAAGUGUUUAAUCCUAAAUGAGGUUACAACAAAUGAAAAAUAUAAAAAUGACAAAGGUUACCCGGUAUUUAAAAUAAAUACUACAGCUGUUCUAGGUGCUUUACAUGUCGGAAAAGGACAUUCUCAAACGGCCAAAUUUUUAUCAGUGAUGAAUAUUCCAUCAAUGAGUGAAGACACAUUUAAACGACACGAGAGAUAUUUGAUUCCAGCUGUAGAACAAGUAACCCAGCAAAGUAUGGAAGUUGCCAAGGAGAGGAAGUUGACUUUAGAGAAUAUUGAGGAGGUUAAAAAAUAUUUGUUAUAGACUAAAGAUAUUUACAUUUUUCAUAAUUUGGUAAUUGAACAAAGUUUCAACAAAUUUUGAAUGAAUUAGUUUAUACAAUUUUCGAAAAAAAAUUCCGUUCACUACUUAAAUAAAUAAAGAACAAUCCUUAAGAAUAUUCAUUACGAAUUACCGGUCUAUAUACUUCAAUUUACCAUCUUUCAAAAAAAUUACUAACUUUGCUGAAGUUUUUAAAGCCCAGAAAAUGAGAUCAAGGAUUCUCUAUAAUUUUCCUCUAUUCUUCAUUUAUUAGGCUUUAUUUUGAUCCAAGGAUCAUUCAAUUUGGUCCAUUUGUUCAAGAGAUACUAGGUUUUGACAAAGAAAAUUACCAAAUCGUACAGCGAUAGAUAGUACAUUUUAAUUAUUCAAUAACUCAAUGACAGAUUUUAUUAAUCAUCGGAUUCGUUUGGAACUCGUUACUCGUGAAUUUUGAAGGUCUCUGAUUACGAAUUUGAAGUCAGUUUUUGAAAAUUUAAAAUGGCGGAUCCAAUACGGCGGACACUUUUUUGAAUAAGUAAUUAAAUUCGCUUAAAACUGUUUAUAAGGCGGUUUUCUUGGUCGAUAAUUAUGAAUUUGAUAUUGGAUCCGCCAUUUUUAAGUUUUUAAUUUCGGUUCCAUACUCAAAAACUGAGAAACAAAUUUUAAGCGAUUUCCAUCAAUCUUUUUAAAUCAUUUUAGCUGAAAAAGAUUUCCAACAUGCUUUUUGAAUAAAAAACAUUUAUUUUUUAUAAUAA